AUGUUGGCGCCUCCUCCUGAAUCAAGCCCAAGCCUCACACCAGCGCCAGAAGGGGGGUGCAGGAGCCUGGUGCGGACCAGGGUAAAGGAGCUGGUGGAGCCACUGAUGACCAGGACCAAGGAGAGUUGGCAGUGGUUUGGGGGUCCAAGCACUCUCCGGGGCUUUGUGCAGACCUACUAUGAAGACCACCUGCAGGACGUGGGUCCCCGCACGCAGGCCUGGCUGGCCAGCUCCAAGGACAGCCUGCUGGAUAGAACCCGCAGCCUGUGCCCCCCACUCCUGGGGGGGGGGGCCCUAGCUGAAUCACUCGCCUAG